GGGACGCCAUGGAACCUACAGUGUUUUGUAUUAUUGUUCCUCUGGCACUUAACAUAUGCAGUGCUCCGGUUGACUUUGAUCCGUUGUUUCAUCUAAGACAAGAGCGCUCUAUUACUCUCAAUACAGGCAAUGAUUCCGGAAUAGCAGAAGGGAAAAUUGUUAAUACAGCUCAGACAGACAAGCAACUCAUCAUCAACAUCGAGACCAAGGUGUUGCCUCAAUUCAAUGUUUACCUGGACAGCCUGCAGCAAUCCCCGCGCAUGCAAUGUACCACCAAAGAUGAGCAGGGGGAGGGAACAACCAAGAAGCGAGUAUUUACUUGCAUCUCCAUGUCCAACAUGUGUUGCCCCUCCACGACCACCUGCAUUUGUUCAGAAACAAACCAACCAACCGCUGUUUCAACGAUUGUUCCUGACCUAAAUAACUGCAAAGAACUCUGUGGGCAAUGUAUGACAACAGCAAUUGUUCCAACUUAUUUUGUUCCAACUACUUCUACUUCUGCUACGGACAACUGCCCAGAACUAUGCAGCCAAUGUAUGGUAACUGCUAUUAUUCCAACUUAUUUUGUUCCAACCACUUCUAAUUCUGCUACGGACAACUGCCCAGAACUUUGUAUGCAAUGUAUGGCAACAACUACAUUACUUCCAACUAAUAUUGUCCGAACUACAUGUUUUACUGUUCCAAACAACUGUCCACAGCUUUGCAAGCAAUGUAUGGCAAAUACAAUGGUUCCGGCUGUUAUUGUUCGAUCUACUUCUGCUCCUGCUCCAUUUAAUUGUCCAGAACUCUGUAGGCAGUGUAACAGAAUCAUACCAAAUCCAAAACCUACAGAAUUGAUACCCCAUUCACUUCAGUGCACAGAACUGUGUAAACAGUGUCAAACAACAGAACCCAAACUGUCACCUCUGAACGAAUGUUUAUCAGAUUGUCAAGCAAGCUGUCACAAGAAAUACCCAACACCCUUCCCUGAAAAGUGUGAUGAACUAUGCAAACAAUGUCAGCCUGCAAAAAUUAUUGAACAGAGUGAAACUAAAUGUAUUAGCUGUAAUACUUUGUGUGCUAUGUGCAAAAGAGUGAAAUUUCCCCAUCGUCAAAAAAGAGAAUUAAGUCUCGAAUCAGAUAGGUUUCGACCUCUAAUCAUAAACAUUGAUGGGGUAGACUCAAAAGAUGCCUCUUACAAAAUAAACAUUGAGGGCUGUCAAACAACAAAAUGCAGUCAAAAACACUAUUCGCCUACAACUUACGAUUUAGUCAUAUCCAAGUUUUUCUAG